ACUCUGUUAUCGCUGCUCGCAAGAUGAAGAUCACGGUGGAACACGUAGAACAAGUGGUUCAGUCUGGUAGCCACUUGGAUAAACCAAUAGUGCGUCAGAAAAAAACAACGAAAACUCUUUUCGACUCUGAUAGGGAUCAGGAUAAACCUACAGCCCGCCAAAAGAGAACAACGAAAAGUACUUCCUCGAAAAAGAACGGUUUCUUGUGUAGUCCACAGCAGCAUUCAGCAUUUGUUGUUCAGCAAAGACCCUGGACACCAACCAAGCGCCGAGGUCCAAUCUCUGCAGAGUUCCAGACUCCUGGUCCCGCGGAUAUUAGACUUCCAACAACAUUCGGUCCUCAGCAGAAAGACAACACUAGAUCAAAAUCCCCAGCAUUUACAUUUUCAAAAAAGUACGAAGAAAAGCAGAGGUUUGUUACUCCAGGACCAGGUAGCUACAACGUAUCUGGUGUUCGCCGAACGGGCAAGGAGGUUCCACAGGCCACCACUCUUUCUGGGCGCCACAAGGAGCCGCAAGCAUUUCAAACCCCUUCCCCCGGAGAAUACACCCCGGAAAAAUGCGAGAAAACUGUUCACAACAAGUCCCCUUCAUUCUCCUUUGGGUUGAAAGGAAAGGAACAGAAGCCAGAUAACAUUCCCGCCCCUGGAGCCUAUGAACCAGAGAAGAGCAUAAAAACCAUCUUAGAUUCUACUCCUAAAUAUUCUUUUGGUUUGAAGCAUAAAGAUCCCAAACCAGACAACAUUCCUGCUCCUGGUGCAUACGACCCUGAAAAAAGUAUGCAAACUGUCUUGGACUCAACUCCGAAGUAUUCGUUUGGAUUGAAGCACAAAGAUCCGAAACCUGAUAACAUACCAGCCCCAGGAACCUACGACGUUGAGAAGGUAGAAAAAAGCGUCCUUCAGUCUUCGCCUGCUUACUCAUUCGGUUUUAAGCAUAAAGAACUAAAACCAGAUGACAUCCCGGCACCCGGAGCAUACGAGCCCGAAAAAAGUAUCAAAACUGUUCUAGAUACAAAUCCCAGUUACUCUUUUGGUCUUAAACACAAAGAUCCAAAACCAGAUAACAUCCCUGCCCCUGGUGCUUAUGAUCCAGAAAAAAGUAUCAAAACUGUUCUAGAUACAAACCCCAGUUACUCUUUUGGUCUGAAAUAUAAAGAUCCUAAGCCAGAUAACAUUCCCGCACCUGGUGCUUACGAUCCAGAAAAAAGCAUCAAAACUGUUCUAGAUUCAAAUCCCAGUUACUCUUUUGGCCAAAAACACAAAGAUCCAAAACCAGAUAACAUUCCUGCACCUGGUGCGUAUGAUCCAGAAAAAUGCCUUAAAACUGUUCUAGAUUCAAACCCCAGUUACUCUUUCGGUCUGAAACACAAAGAUCCAAAACCAGACAACAAUCCUGCGCCUGGUGCUUAUGAUCCUGAAAAAAGUAUUAAAACUGUUCUAGAUUCAAAUCCUAGUUACUCUUUUGGGCUUAAAUACAAAGAUCCAAAACCAGAUAACAUUCCUGCGCCUGGUGCAUAUGAUCCAGAAAAAUGCCUUAAAACCGUUCUAGAUUCUAAUCCCAGUUACUCUUUUGGUCUUAAACACAAAGAUCCUAAAACAGACAACAUUCCUGCACCUGGUGCUUAUGAUCCAGAGAAAAGUAUCAAAACUGUUUUAGAUACAAAUCCCAGUUACUCUUUUGGUCAUAAGUACAAAGAUCCCAAACCUGACGACAUUCCUGCACCUGGUUCUUAUGAUCCAGAGAGAAGCAUUAACUCUGUUCUAGAUUCAAAUCCCAGUUACUCUUUCGGUCUUAAAUACAAAGAUCCAAAACCAGACAACGUUCCUGCACCGGGUGCUUAUGAUCCAGAGAAAAGUAUCAAAACUGUUUUAGAUACAAAUCCCAGUUACUCUUUUGGUCAUAAGUACAAAGAUCCCAAACCUGACGACAUUCCUGCACCUGGUUCUUAUGAUCCAGAGAGAAACAUUAACUCUGUUCUAGAUUCAAAUCCCAGUUACUCUUUCGGUCUUAAAUACAAAGAUCCAAAACCAGACAACGUUCCUGCACCGGGUGCUUAUGAUCCAGAGAAAAGUAUCAAAACUGUUUUAGAUACAAAUCCCAGUUACUCUUUUGGUCAUAAGUACAAAGAUCCCAAACCUGACGACAUUCCUGCACCUGGUGCUUAUGAUCCAGAGAGAAGCAUUAACUCUGUUCUAGAUUCAAAUCCCAGUUACUCUUUCGGUCUUAAAUACAAAGAUCCAAAACCGGACAACAUUCCUGCGCCUGGUGCAUACGAUCCGGAAAAAAGCUUUAACUCUGUUUUAGAUACAAAUCCCAGUUACUCCUUUGGUCUUAAAUACAAAGAUCCAAAACCUGACGACAUUCCUGCACCUGGUGCUUACGAUCCAGAGAAAAGCAUUAACUCUGUUUUAGAUUCCAAUCCCAGUUACUCUUUUGGUCUAAAAUACAAAGAUCCGAAACCAGACAACAUUCCUGCACCUGGUGCUUAUGAUCCAGAGAGAAGCAUUAACUCUGUUCUAGAUUCAAAUCCCAGUUACUCUUUUGGUCAUAAAUACAAAGAUCCAAAACCAGACAACAUUCCUGCACCUGGUGCUUACGAUCCAGAAAAAAGUAUCAGAACUGUUUUAGAUACAAAUCCAAGUUACUCUUUUGGUGUUAAAUAUAAAGACCCAAAACCAGAUGAUAUUCCUGCCCCUGGAGCUUACGAUCCAGACAAAAGUAUCAAAACAGUACUCGACUCCAACCCCAGCUAUUCAUUUGGAGUAAAAUACAAGGACCCGAAACUAGAUGACAUCCCUGCACCCGGUGCCUAUUCCCCGGAAAAAGUCGAUAAUUGCUUGAAUGCGGCUCCAAGUUACACAUUUGGGGCAAAGUUUAGAGAUCUGAAACCUGAUGAUAUACCAGCUCCCAAUUCAUACAACAUUCCGGAAACUGUUGGAGCAAAAGACAGCGUCCAUUACCAAGCACCUAGCUUCACCAUGGGUGGUAAGGAAGGCGAUCUCUGGCAAACGAAUAAGAACCCAGGACCCGGUUCCUACAACGUUCCUGAAGCAGAUAAGAUCAAACAGAAAUCACCAGCUUAUACGCUUAGUUAUCGAACAAACAUCCCAAGCGACAAGAGCAAAAAACCAGGACCAGGAGCUCACUGCCCUGAAAAGGUGGUGAUGCAGCACAGUCCAGCGUUUUCUUUCGGUAUUCGUCAUUCGCCAUUUUCUCACCAGUACCAGAAGGAAGCCACUGCCAGAAAUAGUGAAAGAAGCGUUUUCCAGCGCACUGUUACCCAGGAUAUCCGCGUUUCCGACCAGGAUCGAUGAUCUCAAUAACUGGAAAUUAAUUGUUUUCCAAAGUGAUAUGCAAAAUAAUUCGAAUAUGUGACUGUAAAAAGCGUGAAAAAUCCUUUAUCGAAACUCUUACUGUGCCAUUAAAAUUUGUCAAUGCUACCGGUAUAUUGUUUCACUAUAAUCAUGUAUUUGGAGCAUCAAAAGUUUAUAUUUUCAUCAGUAAUACGCAAAAAAACCCACAAAAACUUUAAAAUUAAAUUUCUUGCUUUAAAUUAAUUGAAAAUCUAGAAAAUGAUUAAAAAAAUUGCAAAACACAUAUUUAAAAAAAAAAGUGUAAUUUUAAGAAAUCAGCCACAAAUUUUGGAAUGUCAAGUAAAUUUGCAUUUGGAAUACCUAAAAAUAAUGCGUAAAUUUAAGAUGAAAACUUCAAAAUUUGCACAGUUAACAUUUUUUACUUUCCCAAAUGUAUUUUUAUUAAUAUUUUUGUGGUUUUACGCUUGAUGUGUGUUACUUGUGUGAUAAAACUUUUCAACAGCUUGAUGUAAUAUUGAAGUUUGAAAGGAUAUUCUAUUAAUUAGUGCUCCAUAUUUUGAUUUUUGAAUUUCAUCUCCUGUUGCAUUUCGUUAUCCUAUUUUAUUUGUCCAUUUUUAUUGUUUUAUUUUACUUAUUCACGAAAAGUAUAUUUGUGUAGUAAUACGAAUAUUGUAAAACUUAUUAGUUAACGUUUAAUGGCUUCUGUGAUAUCUAAGUUUAAUUUCUGAUAGGAAAUAUCGUUUAUGGUCCAACGCUAAGCUCUUCGUUUUUAACAUCAAUCACUAAUAAACUGAUGCUUUACUUGGUGUACCAUUUAUCGUUUUUAACGUUCUGUAGUUAACUUGUUUGUUUCAUGUGGAGUGAAGUUUUAUUAAUUUGCCAUUUUUUUAGUUAUUGUGUUUAAUGCUUUGUUGUUGGAAACUUGCCAAGUCCUGACGCUUAUAGUUUUUUUUAGUGCAACUAUCAUUUUCUUCUCUUUGUACGGUAAUAUGUUUUGUUGUCUCGAUUUGAUUCGUAAUUUUUUAUAAGUUCGAAGAUUGGUUCGAAGUCUGGUGUUGUACUUUCCGAUAUUUUAAUUUUAAGAUAGCUCUCAUCUCAAUUGGAAAAUAAAUCAGAUUUUUUUUAAAUCAAUGAACUUUAACAAUAAUUUCCUGACUUGUGAGCAAAAGAUAAUCGUAGUUAAUUCAACGCAGCUGGGUGUACAAUUGAAAUGAAUAUGAAAAAAAUAACAAUAAGUUAAAUGCCAUAGUAUUCAGAUUAAUGAACUUUUAUAUCAUGCUGCCUAUUGCUUCGGGAUAACGAACCAGGGUAAUACUCUUACUGAAUUUAAUUACAGUUUGAUUAACGGGAACUUGUAUUACAAAUGAAUGAACUGUCUUUUUUUUUCCUUUGGAAACACAGAGCUCUAAAUUAUACAAUUUGCAUUUGAUUUUAAUGAAAACGAUCUACUUUCGAUCAUAAAAAUAUAAUACUAAAGAAAGUUAUUAAGAUAACGUGCAAAUAGUGUGUUGUGAAAAAUUCAACGUUUAUAUUUUACUUAUAAUUAAAAAGAAAAAAAAAGAUUUGUCACAGAAAUGUGUAACGUUUUAAGAAUUCGUAUAUUUUUAUUUCAUAUUUUUCGACGUUUUCUUUUUCAAGUUUUGAUGAAACAAUUUAAUUUCUGUUCUUUUCGUUGAAAAACGUCGUGCACAAAGUUAAUAAAUUAAAACCUUUGUGAGUACCAAAUACAUUGUAUUUUGUGUAAGACAAUAUAAAUUUCAAUUUAAAAACAUUCUUCCUUUUUUUUGCUAAAAAUUAUGUUAUGGCUCAAAUUUUGAACUGUAUUUGAACUGAUUGCAUCAAAUCGUACAAUUUCAACCAUACGCACAUCUGGCCAUUAUCAUUUGGAAUAUACAUGAAAGUAGUAGUAUAUUCAGUAAGUUACAAGAAGAAUUGACAGAAGAAGUUACAGAGGAAUUGACUGAGCUGGCGGUGUAUUUAAUGAAAGUAUAGUAUGUUUUGUAUUCUUGUAAUAACUUUUAUGUGAUCCUAUUGUUCUGCUAAAAUGCGAAAGGAAUGUUAAACUUUAAAGUUAUUGCUUCAUAAGGGAGAUGGCUUAAAGAAAAUCUGCCUUUGCUAAUGCUUGCAAGGUGUAGUUGUGGAUGCAAACAAAAUUAAUUGUUUUUGAUAUUUUUUGUUACGGAAUAAUAUUGUAGUAAAGUGAGAGUUUAUGUACAUUGUGAAAAUAAAACUUUCUGGUUAUCUUUCUA